CGCGCAGUGGAUUCUGUCCGAACUCAAGCGCGAGGAGAAACAGCCUCUGCACUGCUCAGCUUCACGCGGACACUAAAAUGUAUCAUCUGCCGUCUGCUAACCAAAACAGAAAAGAUUUACAAAGGGAUAUAAAAUGCUGCAUCAUGUUUUGGGAUAAACUGACUUCUGAGCAUUAAAUAUAGUUGUUACAUUACAUCAAGUGUCGUGUUGGCUGAAAUCCGCGCGAGUGUUAGGACUAUCAUUUACAGGUGCUGAAAAUGGCAACCAAAUACCUGAUGCUUAUUGCCUUGGGGACUGCUGUGAUUGGCAGUGUGCACGGUUGCCCUGAGCAGUGCAAAUGCUCUGAUAAAUCAAACCACCAGUUAACAGAUUGUGCCUACAAAGAACUUCUGGAAGUACCUGUGGGCUUGCCAUCCAAUGUGACCACCCUGAGUCUUUCAGCGAACAAGAUUAAAGUGCUGAAAUCCCAAAACUUUAUAAAUGUGACCCAGGUGACCUCUCUUUGGUUGGCUCACAAUGAAAUCGUAACCAUUGAGAGGGGCACGUUUGCUCCAUUGAUUCAGCUGAAGAAUUUGGAUAUUAGCCACAACAAGAUUGUGCAUUUUCCGUGGGAGGAUUUGACUAAUCUCACUGCCCUGCAGUUGCUGAAGAUGAACAAUAAUGAGAUGGUCAGUAUCCCCAAGAAUACUUUUGCCAACCUGAAGGAACUGCGUUCGGUCCGUAUUAACAAUAACAAGUUUACCACUAUCGUGCAAGGAACGUUUGAUGCUUUGGUUGCCAUGUCUCACCUUCAAAUCUUCCACAACCCCUUCACCUGCUCCUGCAACCUUGAGUGGCUCAGGGACUGGAUCAGCAAAUCCACAAUCUCCAUCCCUGAGCAAAGCAACAUUGUGUGUGAUGCUCCUUCCCACCUCAGAGGUACUCAGGUCACUAGCAUGCCCAAACUGGACUGCAAGACCCCGUCCGUGUCCAUCACAUAUCAGCCAAACAUCGAAAAAACCGAACUCUAUGAAGGAUAUAUGGUCAUGCUUUACUGCGAAACAAAAGGAACUCCUAAACCUGAGGUCACAUGGGAGAUAUACGCUGGAAACCAACUAAUUACAUUCCGUUUGCCGGCUGUUGUUGAAAAAAUUGAGAAUCCGAUUAACGGACCACCUACGAACGCCAGGUUCCUUGUGUUUCAAAACGGCACCUUAAUCAUCCCUCGCAUGAGCAAGAAAGAAGAUGGGAACUACACAUGCUCUGCUGUCAAUGACAUGGGGAAAGCCGAGCGCUCUGUGAGACUUGUUAUGGCCGGCACCAAAAAGCAUGCCACCAAUUCCAUGCUGGACCCAAAAGCAUCCAGCCAUUUACCAGAAGACAAGCUUGGUUCAAAAGGCUCCAAAAACAGUAUUAUUAGCAUGUGGCCCAAAUCUGAAGAGAAGACAAAGAGCCUUCCAACCGGAACAUCUCUCAUUACGGUGGAUAAAGAGAGAGAGGAAGAAGGCGCUGAUACUUUGCCAUUUGUUGGCAAAUGCGGAAUAAAUGAUGGCACGCAGUACAUCUCCAACCAUGCUUUCAACCUCAGCUUGGACGAACUCAAACAGUACACAUUUGAUUUCGGAGUUAUUGCUCUGGAAGUUUCAGAAACUGAGGCCAAAGUUCAGCUGAACCCUUUCCAGAUGGCCAACGCGAAGUCAAACCUUCACCUCAGCCAACAACAAGACCUCCAAACUGUGAAUAAAGAGCCUUUUAGCCUUUUCCAGACGUCCACCAAAAAGUCACCCCUGGACAUGUUGUACCUUUGCGUCAGUACUGGCAAUGGACAUUCAGUGGUGCAGUGGUCCAAGAUAGAGGAGGGCGUCAACGCCUAUCGCUUCCAGGGCCUCAGGCCAGGCACUAAUUACACCCUGUGCCUCACCUAUGGGGGCCAGGACUGCCAAGUCCAAGUGGUCUUCACAACUAGAAAGAAAAUCCCAUCUUUGUUAAUUAUAGUGGUCGUUAGCAUUUUUUUGCUAGCUCUGGCAACCGUUCCCCUGCUGGGUGCCACCUGCUGCCAUCUGCUCUACAAGUAUCAAGGCAAGACCUACAAGUUGAUCAUGAAGACGCAAAACCCAGAUCAGAUGGAAAAGCAAAUAGCUAUGGAUUUCGACCCCAGGGCGUCUUUUGUGGGAUCCGAGAAGAACUUCAACCCGAGUGAGCUAGGAGAGGGAGAAGGGGAGGCCGAUGGCGAGGAGGGAGACGGAGAAGGCGAGGACAUCGAGGGAAGCGUGGUUACCGAGUCCAUUCCCGAGUCACAAUCCAAAACACAGGAGGAGUUUGAGGUUGGAUCCGAGUACAGCGAUCGGUUGCCGCUCGGGGCUGAAGCGGUAAACAUAUCUGCCGAGAUCAACGGUAAUUACAAACAACCCCGCUGAAAUGUUUGUUCUUCGUUUGCUCUGAAACUCAAUACAAACCAGGUGAACACGGACUGUAAACUCACGUUAUACAGACACGCGCUGGGAAAAACAAUAACAAAAAAAAAACAAAAAAAAAAAAAAAAAACCGCGCGAACAUUUUUACCUCAGUAAGUUAGAAGUGCAUACGACAAGUGUUCAUUAUUACAAAUAGAGGUUUUUGAGAUUUAUCGAAUGGACUGGACUUAAAUGGGCAAUUAUAUCUAAAAAAAAAAAAAAAAAAAAAAAAACUAUUAAAACAAUUCAAUAUUGUCACUUUAGCAUAACCUUACAUUGUCUCAAGUAGCGUCCAUUUUACGUUAUCGAAGGAAACAUUAUUGUAUAGUGGACAUCGCGCGCUUCUGAGGGGAAAAGAAUCACCAUUACUCUUUUCACAGCAUGUGUGUCUGGAAAACCAGAUCACCUUGAGAAAAAAAAAAGUUUGUUAAGUGUAAUGUGGGAUCCCAAAAUGUGUGAUUUUUAGUCUCUUGGCGAACGGGUGCUUUGAAAAAAAUACAAAAAACAAAAACACAUCUCUCGCCUUUAUGAACUGACUGAACGUGUCCUUUCUUCUCUUUGAGAUAGCCUUCUUGUCCGUGGCAUGUGGCACAAACGUAUUUUUAAGUGUUUUAUUAGGAUACUAUAGACUGUAGAUAUUAAAUGUCGAUUUGUGAUGUAAGCCAAUGAAGUAACCUGAGAAGAUGUUCUCUUAUAUAUAUAUAUAUAUAUAUAUAUAUAUAUAUAUAUAUAUAUAUAUAUAUAUAUAUAUAUAUAUAUAUAUAUAUAUAUAUAUUAAUGUUCCGUUUUUACCAUCAGUCAAAGCGACAUCGAGUGUCCAGUAAAUUGACGGAUAGUGGCUUGUUUGGUGUCCAAGUGUCCAAUGAUGUUGUAAAAAUACUCAAACCUUUUAAAGAUUUUGAUAUGAUUUUAUGUACAUGACCUUAAUAAAAUAUUGAACGAACAAA